AUGCCACUUUUGAGCGUCAACACUCAGACUCUGAAGGCAAAGGCUAAAGCAAAGGCAAUCUCUUCAUCAGAAGAAGAAGAAGAUGUGCCUGAAUGUAGUACAGAUGAUGCUGAGGAAAUUGGCCAAGAACUGGCCAUGCUCGUGAGGAAAUUCCAGAAGUUCUCCAAAAGGAACUACUUUGGAAAGUCUUCAAAGUAUGAUUCAAAGAACACUAAAGCUUCUGCUCGUGACUACGAGAAAAGAACUUGCCACAAAUGCAAGAAGACAGGUCAUUACAUCGCAGAUUGCCCCCUCUGGAAAAAGGGCUCAAAGAAGAAAAGAUCUUGCAAGGAUGAUGGUUCUGAUGACAAGAAGAGGAAGUUGUCAAAGUCCUCAUCAAAGAAGAAAGCACCUUCGGCAUAG